AUGGGACCCAAGCUGCUAACACCAGAGGAGCUGAUCACUCCGGCAGAAACGCCGCAGGCUGAACCCUCAGAAGCCCCUGUCAUCGAUAAAGAGAGCCUCAUGGCCCGACUCCAGAAUAUACCGACCGAAACGCUCCGCAGUAUUCUCAUGAACCAAGUGGACCUCGAGAUCCGCCUCAAGCACCGAGAGCUCCGUCUUACCGAAGAAGAAAUGGGCAAAUGUGAAGCCCAGAUGCUAGCGCUCCGCAAGUUCUUCGAUGUGCCCAACGAUGUGACCUUCAACAGUGAACCCAACGACUUCACACUCAAGUACUACGAUGUGCUCAACAAGUCGCUCUCCGUGAGCUACACGAGGCUCCAGCAGCAGCUGUACCAAGAGCAGCCGAAGUUCAACGAAGCGGUGUUUGAAACAGCGCCUCCAGAGCCAGCCCACUACAGAACAAGAUCUACAACGUCAUCGCUACGUCCCAGCAUAACAGGUCCUGGCCUCCGAGUGGCGGGCUGCUUGUACCGCCGAACGGAUGGUAUCAUCGUCAAGCUUACCUGUCCCGAUUGCCACCGUAGCAACUUCUCGUCAGCGCAAGGUUUCCUCAAUCACAGUCGAAUUGCACACACCAAGGAAUACACCUCGCAAGACGCAGCGGCAUUACAGUGUGGCGAGCUUCUCCCUGACGAUUUUCAGGAUGACGAGGGCGUGGCUAGUCUCAAGAGCUUGCGUCAGAAAGAGCUUGAUCCGUCGAGGCACCUCAAUGUGAAUGAGAUGUACUUUGACGGGCUCAGCUCGACCCUCGGCACGGCCCCCGUUGCACCUCAAGAACCUUUUCAAAAGGUCCAGCGGAGCCAAAGUAAUGACGAAAAUAACGAGCUCAUGAAGAAGCUAAUCAAGAGCGGUGUGGCCCAGGACGCCAAAGCAUACAAGGAGCUUGUGGACCAGGCCCGGCAGGACGUCCCCAAUGCCCAUUUAUUUGAAGGUGAAGUUGAAGUUGAAGAAAGCGAAGCGACGCCAGCCACGCCAGCGACACCAGCGACACCGCGUCCCGAAAGGCCUAAACCCGAAAAGCUGACUUCGAGACGAGGCAUCAUUGAGGAGAGGAGGCAUCCCGAGAGUGGGGGCAAAUAUGAGAACCGCUUGCGGCGGCGGAAGUCAAGGAGCUUCGCCGACGAGGACGACGUUCCUAAACGGCGAAAGCGAUAG